AUGAGUACACCACAACAAUCCAGACAGGUCCAAGCCCCCAAGAUAAAAUAUGACCGGGAGUUCCUGCUGGACCUCCGGUUUGCUGAUGUCUGCAUGAGGAGACCUGAGUGGCUGCCACACAUUAGCGACGUGGUCCUGGACAAGCCCAGCAGACUGUCCCUGAUCCCCUGGGGUGCUAGCCCUCUCAGGGGUGUGAAUGGUGGCUCUGAUUUCUCCCCGCCCUUCAUCAACCGGGGAAGGCAGUCCAUGGAAGGAAGAGGAACUGUGAAUCAUUCAGGGGAAGCCAGCCUGUAUCAUCACCACCCCCCUCCUCGCAUCCUUCACAGAGACAGCUUCCAGAAAGCAAGGAACCCAGGGAAUUCCCAGCCACCCCAGAUGGAUAACUCCUGGAUUUCCCAGCGUCCUCAGCGUGAGGAGAUGAGGAAAGUAAUCCCUGGCAUGCCACUUGGGAGUGAUGUGCUGCUCAACAGGGCGGAGAAUGCCUGGAGGCCGGCAAUGUGGAAGCUGACGGUGGGGGACAGGGGGGAGUCCGAUCACGAGGCGGCUGGGACACAGGAGAUCCUCUGCAGAAUACGGAGCAUCCUCAACAAACUGACCCCAGAGCGAUUCCAUUCCCUGGCCCGGCAGGUGGCCUCGCUUGCUAUCAACACAGCUGAGCGCCUCAAGGGUGUCGUCUGCCUUGUCUUUGAGAAGGCCAUCUCCGAGCCCAAGUUCUCCGUCACUUACGCUAGCAUGUGCCGCUAUCUCAUGGAGCUCAACGUUCCCGCUGUUGACAGUUCAGGAGACACCCUAAAUUUCUGCUCACUGUUGCUGGAUCUUUGCUGGAAGGAGUUCAAGAAAGUUGUGGAAAAUGACAAGAUUUAUGGGAAGAGACUGGCGGAGCUGGAUAAAGUUUCCACGGAGGAGGAGAAACAGCAUCUGAGGGAGCAGCUGGAGGUGGAAGCAGAGGCUCACCGGCGAUGGUCACUUGGUAACAUGAGAUUCAUCGGCGAGCUUUUCAAGCAGAAGAUGGUGAGGGAGAACAUGGUGCAGAACUGCAUUGCCAAAUUGCUGAUCAAGGAAACAGAGGAGGCCCUGGAGUGUUUGUGCUGCCUGCUCUCCACCAGUGGAAAGACUCUAGACUACAACAAGAGCAAGCCCCAUAUGGACCAGUGCUUUAAACAAAUGGAGGAGAUUGUUAAGGGGAAAAAAACCACGCCCAGAAUACGUUUUUUGCUGCAAGACAUCCUGGAAUUGAGACAGAAUAACUGGGUCCCGAGGAGAGAGGACCAGGGGCCCAAAACCAUUGACCAGAUCCACAAGGAGGCAGAGCAGGAAGAGCAGCAGGAGCAGAUAAAGAUCCGACAGCAGCUCCUGCCCAAGAGGGACAGCUGGGGCCGUGGAGGCCUGCACCCUGCCUGGGACCACAGCUCCCUGCUGCUGGAUGAGUGCUGGAACCCCUCUCCCGUCUCACCUAAGAACCACCAUUUUGAUGCCAGUCAGCUCAGCAGGAUUGCCAAGAUUGAAUCAUUGGACAUCAACAACUUGCUUUUUAUCCCUGGAGGGGAAGGAACCUGGAGGAACUGGAGCAGGGGCAGUAAUGGGGGUUCAGGCUUCAAGCACAGUGGGGAUCCAGAGUCAGGAUGUCUUGGCACCAUGUCCUGGUCCACUGACUGCUACCGCAGUAUCACCCCAAGAAAUGUUUGGAACCGGGACUGUGGGAGAUACAGUGACCAAAUUGACUGGCCCGAGAACUCAGGUCCACACUGGGACCAUUUCGAGCACUGGGAAGAUGGGGGCCUGGAAAGACAGAGGCUUCCCAUCAGAAAACAGAACUUUUACCCAGAGACUAAGGAGGGUAGCUGGGAGACAGACUACUGCAGCUCUGCUAGCAGCAUGCACCAGGGCCGUGACUGGAACAGGGGCAGAUGUGACCAGGACCAAGUUGGCAACUGUAACUUCCCGACCUGGCCUGUUCUGGCCUGCUCUGCCUCAUCUGAACCUGGCCCAGCUCAGUUUGGCCCAGGUCAGCCCAACCUGGCUCAGCCUGUCCCAGCACUGCCCAUUCCAGUGCAGCCUAGCACUGCCCGGCCCAUCAUGACCAGGGACAAACUGGAGAAAAAGUCAAAGGCCAUCAUCAAUGAGUACCUACACAUCAAUGACAUGAAGGAAGCACUGCUGUGUGUUCAGGAGAUUGACUGUGCGCCGCUGCUCUUUGUGUUUGUGCGGAAUGGGAUUGAGUCGGUGGUGGACCGAGACACUGUCGCCAGGGAGCGAAUGGGGCUCCUGCUGCACCAGCUGGUGAAGGUGGGCACCUUGCCAGCUGAGCAGUUCUUCAAGGGGCUGCAGGAGAUUCUAGAGGUGGCUGAAGACAUGGUGAUAGACGUCCCUCAUAUCUGGCUCUACCUGGCGGAGAUUGUUGCUCCAGUGCUCUGCGAGGGGGGCCUUCCCAUUGGACAGUUCUUCAGGCAAGCGUCCAUGCUGCCACUCAACAAAGCUGGUGUCCUGUCGGUGGAGAUUCUCCUCCUGCUAAGUAAAGAAAUGAGCCAUGAGAGGGUGGGGGAAAUGUGGAGAGACUCAGGCCUCAGCUGGAAGGACCUCCAGUCUGAAAACAAGGAGGCUGUGAUUGAAAAGAUCUGUUGUGGGUGUGCUUUGACACACUGUCCCCUGAGGACAUGACCAAGGAGAAGGCCCUGCACCUGUGUGACUGGGACUGGGAUUCUGCAGGGCAGCCGGGGCUCUGUCCAACUCUCCAAUAACAUGGCACGUUAACAACAGCGCAACACAGCAGUGGAGAAAGGCUGUGUAAUUUUACUACAGCAUACAACAAUGAUAAUAAAAUAUAUAUUUUUUAACAAUAAUGAGUUUUAGAGGAAUUCUGCUGGCGUCGGUGUGGCAUGCCACCCUUCCGGUGCAGUGGAGGUUCAAAUGAGUGCAAAUGAGUGCAGUUUUUUAGAAUCUGUUAUGAGCCCACUGAAUACAAUGCAGUGGAAUUAGUGUAGCUCUGUUCUGCAUGAUUCUAUGUGGAUGGGGUCAAACACGGUGAACAGAUGAACUUCAUUCUGUUCUUGAACAUUUCUGGUCUAAGAUUAGGCUCCCUCCACUGGCCUGUGUGCUGUAUUGGCAGUCUUUUGAUGAGGAAUUUAAGGUAACAGGAGAAGUCACCAGAGAAAACCUCAUUCCAGAUAUAACCGUCUAAUUAACAGCUCAAAAUAUGAUAACAUUAAAGCAAUUGCCUAGAAGAGGAAAAAUCUUAGGGGACAGUAACUCCUGGAUUCUUGGAAGACUGUAUGUGCAUGUCCAUUUCCAAUUAUGUUGAUGACAGUACUGUACAGUUAGGUUUUGAAAAACUGAAAGGUGACAGUUUUGGAGAAAUAGCUACAUUUCACAUAAGCAGUUCACCAUCGGUGUCAUUUGUCUUCUAUUGGAUUUGAUCAUUCCACCAUUGGUGUCAUGGCAAAUGACUUAUCUUAGAGGUGAGUUCAGGCUUCUGAUUUAUCCAAGCAUCCAUCCAUUGUCUAUACCCGCUUAUCCUGGUUUAGGGUCGUGGGGGAGGGGGGCUGGAGUCUAUCUCAGCAUGCAUUUGGCGAGAGGCAGGAAUAUUCCUUGGACCCGUCGCCAAUCUCUCACACGGCCGCUAUCACAGGGAAGGGGCUUGAACCAGUGAGAUGAACAUUUUGGCCAUUUAAAAUACUGUCUCAGACUGCUGAUUGUUUACCUUCUAGCCAAUAGAACAAGAUAUAUUAAAUUUCAGGACCGCAUAUAGCCAUAAUGGACAGUGAAACGGUUCCAGUCUGCGUUUUCUUCCGCAAAUGAACAUGUAUCCAUCUGCAAGCAAUAUGAGUGAAAGCAACCAUUCUGCAUACAAUGCAUAAUACCUAAUACACAAUACUUGUAAGGAAAAGUAUUUUCAUAAUCCAGCUCCUUGUUUGCUGCAUAUACUCAGAACUGUUGUGAAUUUGUGCAUUCACCAGAGUAUGCACAUAACAAAAGUUAGUAAAUGGCAAAUUUGAGAAAGACCACUGCUUAAUAAGCAUCGAAUGUGUGCAAUUAUCCCAUAAUAGGCCACUAUUGGAAGGUGACUUGUGUAUGUAAAUGAAAAAGGCAUACUAUAGUGCAUGUGGUAUUAGACGC